CAAAUUUUAAAAUUGGUUUAUUCAGCCGCAUCAAAUGCUAGUUACACUAUGGCUGCAAAUAAAGCAAAUUUAGUUAUUAGUAAAGCUGAAGUGAAUGAGGGGACUGCUCGAAAAAAAUUAAAACCUCGGGCUCGUGGGCGUAGUUAUCCAAUAAAAAGACCGACCUGCCAUAUCAGUAUUGUACUAAAAGAUAUUUCAUUCAAUGAUUCUGAAUCUGUGGAGCUCGGUUUGCUAAAAAAACCACAAGCGAAAAAAAAUUCUAGAACUAAAGCAUAUUCUGAUAUCCAGAAUAGGAGGUAUUUAUGGGACAAAAAAUAAAUCCACUUGGUUUCAGACUUGGUACAAACCAGGCCCAUUAUUCACUUUGGUUUUCAAAACCAAAAACGUAUGCUGAAAAUCUGCAAGAAGAUCAAAAGAUAAGAGCUUUUAUCAAAAAUUAUGUACAAAAAAAUAGAAUCAAACCCUCGGCUACCGAGGGAAUUGCAAGUAUAUAUAUUAAAAAAAAGACUCGAUCUAAUCCAAGUCAUAAUAUAUAUGGGAUUUCCAAAAAUAUUUAUGGAAAAUAGCCCACAGGGAGUUGAAGAAUUACAAAAAGCUCUACAAAAAAAAUUAAAUUUUGUAAACCGAAAACUGAAUAUUGCUAUCACAAAAAUUGAAAAACCGUAUGGAAAUCCUAAUAUUCUUGCCGAAUUUAUAGCUGGACAAUUAAAGAAUAGAGUUUCCUUUCGAAAAGCAAUGAAAAAAGCUAUUGAAUUAGCUGAACAAGCAGAUACAAAAGGAAUUCAAGUACAAAUUGCGGGACGCCUUGACGGAAAGGAAAUUGCACGUGUGGAAUGGAUAAGAGAAGGAAGAGUUCCCCGACAAACUAUUCAAGCUAAAAUGGAUUAUUGUUGUUAUUCAGUUCGAACUAUCUACGGGGUUUUAGGCAUAAAAAUUUGGAUAUUUUUUGAUGAAGCUCAAUAAAAUUUUAUUCAUUCUUUUUACCUGUAAUACCAAGCGGCCCAUUUCACAAAUUAUUUUGUGUAAUGAGCAGGAACAGUUCUAAUUGAUUUCUAAUUGAUAAUAAUGAAUUCUAUAAGGUUGAAUAAAAAUUUUAUUUAUUUUUUAAUAAAAAUAUCAUUGCUAUGCUUAGUGUGCGACUCGUUCAUUUUUUUAAGGUUAGCAUGAAACCAAACCCAAAGUAACAACUACUCACUCGAGAAGAAAUUACCUAAUAACUAACUCAUCAAUUUCGCAUUAUCUGGAUCUAAAUAACCAGUCAUGAUAUGAUUAGCGCUCAUAUCGUUGUAGCAAUUGCCAUUUAUUUGCAUAAACAAAAAUUAUUCAAAUAUUAUUGAAGUUGCCAAGCAAGAUAUAAAAAAGAUGUAGAUAAUUGGAAGGGAGAGAGAAAGGAAGAAAAAUAAGCUCAAUGAUUGAAAAUUCCAAUAUGUAGGGUCUAACAAAAUAGGCAAUGUAAU